CCAGUCUCCCGCUUCUUCUUCUUCCUUAGUAGUACCCCACUUUUCGUUUUGAUUCUCCAAACUCCAACAAUGGAGUCGCUGUGCCGAUCCCCUCUCUCUCCGAACAAACCCCUCCUCUCCUCCCGCCCCGUCGUCUUCUCCAAAACUCCCCUCCUCCUCCUUUCACCCUUCCCCUCCAAACCCCCUCCUCUUCCCCUCCGCGCCUCGCACCGCUCCCCCGCACCCUCCCCCAAAACCCUAGACCCCUUCCUCUCCCUCCUCAGACCCGUCGCCGCACUCGCCGUCGCCGCCUUCCUCCUCGCUCGCUUCCCCAACCAUCCCCGAGCCGCCGCCGCCGCCGCCGCCACCGCGGCGGUCUCCUUCUCCCCCUCCACCACCGUCCAUGCGGAGACCUUCCCCUCCUCCUCCUCCUCCUCCUCCUCCUCCUUCUCCUCCUCCUCAAGUGAAUCGUCGGCCCUCGUCGAUCCCGAAAAGGAGCGGCUCCUCGAGGAGCGCCUCGCCUCCCACCCGGACGACGCCGACGCGCUCCGUGCUCUAAUGGAGCUCAAGAUCAAGGCCGGUAAGCUCCCCGACGCCAUCGCCAUCGUCGACCGCCUCAUCCUCCUCGAUCCCAGCGACGCAGACCUCCCCCUCCUCAAAUACCACCUCUACUGCUCCAAUGGCGACGCCGCGGUGGCGAGGCGAGGCUUCGAGGAGCUCCUGGAGAAGGAUCCGCUGCUCGUCGAGGCCUAUCAUGGCCUCAUACUGGCCUCCUCCCAAUCAGGGAACCCUGAGGAACUAGAUCUCAUCGCAAAGAGAAUUGAGGGCGCCAUGGAAGCGUGCAAGAAGGAGAAGAGAAAGGAUGAUUUGAGGGACUUCAAGCUACUGACGGCGCAGAUUAAGGUUAUACAGGGGAAGUACGAAGAUUCGCUCAAGAUCUACGGUGAUUUGGCGAGGGAGGAGCCGAGUGAUUUCCGGCCCUACCUGUGUCAGGGGAUUGUGUAUAGCUUGUUGAUGAAGAAGGAUGAGGCGGAGAAGCAGUUCGAGAAGUAUCGAAGGCUUGUUCCGAAGGGGCAUCCUUACGGCCGCUUCUUCGAUGACGGUAUGAUAGCUAUGAAAGUGUUUGGGCAGAUAGAAGAAAAUAGACGAAAGGAUGCUUUGAAGAGUUGAGGAACUCCUUUUUGCUUUGGAACACAUAGAUGAUGCAGCUGGAAUGAUUUAUCCUGAUCAACAUUAUUGAAGAACUUUGGCACGGUCUUAACACGCUCCGAUCGCUUGCUGCAUGCAUUACGAAGAAGUUUCUAAUCCAGCAUGUGUGCCUAUGUUUGAGGUUUCGAAAGCCGAGAAAUCGUCAGGCACACCAACUUUUUCUAGCUAACUAGGAUACCUUACGCUAGUUUUAGCAUGCCGAUAAUCAACACAGGUGCAAACAACGCAAAAAUUAUGCGUGAUUGUCGAAGAUUAAAGCAAAGUUAUGUGUGCGGCUUGUUUUCUUUCCUUGCAUGGCGUUUUUCUUGUGCUUGGACUUUUGAUUUGGUGGGAUAGGGCAACUACCAAAGCCGCCUUUCAUUUUCUUUCUUCUUUCUUUGCUCCCGAGCCAUCGCAACUUGCUCCAAUUGUAAUGUAUACUUGAAUUUUAAAGUAUUAAAAUUUGUUUGUUUCUCAUGCCUUA